CGCGAGUCGUGCAUGCGGCUUGACAGUUUUUUCACUUGUUAAAAUAUGUUCACGUCUUACAAACCAAACUUCAUGGGCAUAGUAUAAGACAUUGCACAGAUGGCCACAAGUGCUAACCGGGGUUGGGCAUCGGACGCUAAGCAAAGCACAUGUUACGUGUACAAGCAUACCACAGGAGCUGAGCAUGAUGUGAGCUCCGUGUCCACUCUCUGGUCAACGCUGCGGAGCCCUGGAGAGGACUUAUCGGUCUUCGAGGCGCUACCCGCUGGCACUGCACCCGAAAUCACGCGCAACCACGUCAUUGUUUACAAGAACGCACAGCACAGCGAUGUGGACGCACCCAGCACUUCAGAAGAUGCCAGAAAGUGGCGCAAGCUCUGUGAAACGGCCGGACCAGAGCCGCAGCCAGGGGAGCUCCUACAGCUCGCGGACCUGCUGUAUAAGGCGGAGGUCGUGCUCGUCGAUGAGCUGAAUUCGCUGCUGGCCGAGGCUGGGCUGCGGACGAUCGACCAUGUCGCCGAAGCAGUCCGAAAACUGGGCGACAAGUACAUCAGCUUCGCGGAGAAGGACGAACUCACCACCAUUCUGGUUGCGGCCUUCUCGCGGCUGACGGGCUCAGCCGACGACGCGAAGGCUGCCAUCGCGCAGUGGCCGGAGGUGAUGGACUGGCACCGCCGCCGCGUGGCUUUUGCGCACCCGCUGGGCAACAAGACCAUCGACAAGAGCAAAUUGGGCAAGUUAAAGGCCCAGGUCGCGGUGGAGGAGGUGUACACGCCGGUGCGCUCCGCUGCGAAGGUGCUCAUCGCUGCAGCAGAGCGCGUCACCGAGCUGUGAGGGCAAGGCUGAGCUGUGGAGGCCGGAGACGUUUAAGGGCAGGCAUGCACUGCCUGCCUCUUCAUGCUGCUUGACUUCUUGCUGGCCUGCCCAGGGCUGGCGGUGGUGUGGCCGUUUUUUGCUUGUGGAGCUUAAAACAGCCCGUCAUCAGAGCCGGCAGAUGGCAAACGGGGACUGGCAGCAUCAUGGCUACGGAGGACUGCCUGCCUGAUAAGCGAGGCCAGGGGUGUGCGGCAUCUAGAUAGGCUAGAGUGAUUGGACGAGAUUUAAGGAGCCGUUUGUACGCAAGGAGGCCGUAAAGGUGCGCUGCAGUGGCAGCAUGCUGCAUUGAGAGCAGCAAUUGUGCAACGGUCUUGUAUGUAGCACCAGUGCUAGUGCAGGUCGAGAUUGAGCCAGCAACUGCAGACUACCGUAAUGACUUAUCGGUCAGCUUUGAUGGCGGGUUCGGUGUGUUGCGUGCUUGCUACUGCAGUAUGGGCAUGUCAUAUUGCAUGCUAUGUUGCAAUAUUGAGCAUCUGGACCUCCUAUCUGGUCCCCAUACGGGUCCUUCAGCCAGGACCAGUGCGUGCCUCGGCACAAGAUUUUGGGACGCUUUCAGGGUUUGGCCUUGCAGCUUGAGCCUGGAUGUGCCCCUGGGAAGAAGUUUGCGUCUCCUGACGCUUUACUGCGCGGACUUCAGCAUGGUGUGUCUGGUCUUGUGAUGUUAGGCGUGGCUUUGGCGGACGUUUGCCUAGCUGUGCACGACUGGGUGUUGGGUCGGUAACCCAACAGGGAACAGCUGUUUCCGUGUAACCAAAGACCAUGUGCACAUUGUCACGUUUUUGUAAUCCGCAGGUAGACAG